AUUAGAUGGGUAGAAACCAAACUUCCCCUAAAAUACAUAUGGUAAAAAAUGAACCCUCUACAAUUCUCCUUCUACUCUUCCUAUUUCUUCUUCUUCUCUCUCCAUAUUGUCGUCUUGCUUGAGAGAGAAGACAGAGACGACUGCAACCACGGCGGUGCGGUGCAGUGCAGCGCGGCCAGCUUUUCCUACUCGCUUCAAUGGAUUCUUCCCUUUCUAUCAAACUUCGCUUCGUUCCCACGGCAUUCGAGUAGAGAAAGAAGAAAAGGGGAGAAGAUAAAGGAAAGCAUAUAUACAAUCUUCCUGCAACCAUUGAUUUAAUUUACACUUGGCAGUUUGUAUUUCUUUUCUGUACACUCUGGCGGACCUUAAAGGAACCCUAGCCUUAAUCUUCACUUCAGUUUAUUCUUCAAGCGUAGCGGGGCGUUUCGAUUUCAAAUCCAAGAAGAGGAAGAGGAGAACUGGGGGUUUCCUUGUUAGAACGAUGCUCUGGAUCAUGAGAUUCUCGUGGUUUGUUUCUGCUGUAGUGGUGACAAUUGUGCUCUCGCCGUCGCUGCAGUCCUUCCCGCCGGCAGAAGCCAUCAGAUCGUCUAACUUCGACUCCUAUCUCCGAUUCCAUAAUUCCAGCGGCGCUCUCGAUAGGUUUUCUUUUCGGAAAGCCCCUCUGUUUCGGAGCGGCGGCGAAUGCGGUUCCGCAUUGGGGAAAACCGGCAUUUGUGAUCCGUCUCUCGUUCACGUUGCGAUUACUCUCGAUGUGGAGUAUCUCAGAGGCUCAAUCGCGGCCGUUCAUUCGAUUCUUCAGCAUUCCAGGUGUCCGGAUAGUGUGUUCUUCCAUUUCCUGGUCUCCCACGCCAAUCUCGAAACCCUAGUCCGGUCUACUUUCCCGCAAUUGAAGUUGAAGGUUUAUUAUUUCGAUCCGGAGCGUGUACGGAGCCGGAUCUCCACAUCCGUCCGGCAAGCACUGGAGCAGCCGCUCAACUAUGCUCGGAAUUACUUGGCCGAUAUUCUCGAGCCUUGCGUCGGCAGAGUCAUAUACUUGGACUCCGAUCUCGUCGUGGUCGAUGAUAUUUCUAAGCUUUGGAGGACCAGCUUGGGGACGAAGACCAUCGGAGCUCCGGAGUACUGCGAGGCCAACUUCACCAACUACUUCACCCACAAAUUCUGGUCGGACCGGAGAUUUUCCGGCACCUUCAAGGGACGGAGUCCCUGCUACUUCAACACCGGCGUUAUGGUCAUAGAUCUAGUCAAAUGGAGGCGAUUCGGGUAUACGAAACGGAUCGAGAGGUGGAUGGAGAUCCAGAAGACGAAUCGCAUCUACGAGCUAGGCUCACUGCCGCCUUUCCUACUAGUGUUCGCCGGAGACCUAGCCCCAAUUGAACACCGGUGGAACCAGCACGGCUUAGGCGGCGACAAUGUUAGAGGAAGCUGCCGCGACCUCCACCCUGGUCCGGUGAGCCUUUUGCACUGGAGCGGCAGCGGCAAGCCCUGGCUCCGACUCGACUCUAACAAACCCUGCCCGCUUGAUUCUCUAUGGUCACCCUACGACCUUUACGGACAUUCUACCUGAAUUUCUCGCCGGUAAAUUAACUUCUUUUUUCUAUAUGGUUUCAUUAUUUUUAUCUUCAUUUUUUUUUUUUUAAAUUAUUUUUACAUUUGAAGAAACUUCUCUUAUAUUAACAUAAUCGCCAUUGUAAUGAUCACUUGGAGGGUUGGGAGGGGAUUUGUAUUCUAUUUCAUUAUUUCCUGUGAAAUAAAAGGUGACAAAUUCAAUUUAAAAGUUUAAAA